AACUCGCAUCUUGUCACCUUUAUUUACAGAAGAGAGGAUCGAUGAAGGGAAAUCGCGACUUACGCCCUUAUUCUAUCACACGCUUGAUAUAGGAAAUUUGAAUGAUCUGUUAACCCAAGUUUAUACAUUUUUGAAAUUAACUGGGAUUACUGUAAUCACGUUCACUCUGUUCGAAUGUUUUUGGAAGACACUGUUGUCAAAGAAAAAAAUAUCAACAAACAAUUUGUUUACUUCCAAAUAUUUGUUGCCUUUUUGUCCAACAUUGUGAAAUAAUUGACUGUUUAUAAGUAAUUAGUACUCAAAACAGUAUCUUUUUCGUUGAAAUGAGAUCAUUCCCGUACUCCGAUGAAGACAGAAAAGUGGAUUUCAAUCCGCUUACAAGCGGCAACCGAAAGAGUGCAUUCCUCCCGUACAAAUCCACGAAUACAGUUCUCACCAAUUUGCAGCGCGGGAACACCGAGGCCAACAUUCCCAGCGAAAUAUGUCUGAACUAUCAUGAGAAAACCGGCCAAGGGGAAAUUACCGAGGAACUGGUCGGAGCGGAGAAAUCCGUUGACUAGCCGGACUCCAACCAGUACACGCCCUUGCAUUGAGCCUACUACUAUGAUCAGCUGUCCUCGGCUCAAAUCCUGAGCAAGUAAGGUGAUUUUCUGUUUUAAAAGGGUGGCCACACAGUCGGGAAUUUCGAGAUAACCGGGAAAAGUCUGGGAAUUUGAUGCUAAUGUUGCAGGGCUGGUAGCAGGUCUAUUCAAAAGCUGCGGAGCGGCUAGUUAAUCGCCAGGCAAUCGAUAUGGUCACACCGCUGGUGUUGGCAGCGGCAGGUGGGCAGUGCCUAACUUUCAACAAUUGGAAGAGUAAUGAAAAUGAUAUUAA